UGGGAAGACUGGCAAGACAAGAGUUUGCUUUCCUGCUUUCUGUUUGGGCCUCUCACUCUUUUGAAAGCACGGUCUUUGCCCACGGUGUACUCCAAGUAGCGCCAAAAAUUUUCCUCACAACUGAAACAGUGAAGUCCGGUUUCGCUUGUUACACCACCAGCACAAAACGAUCGCGUUGGUCCUGAUUGUAUCGUCAAGCUUAUCAAAAGAAAGACCAUUCCAAAGCCCACCGUAACAACCAAAGAGACAACCAAGAUGCCGGUAGCGCUAAUUCUGGAUAUUUCCAACUCUUACGAUGAUGAUGAUGAAGCAGAGAUGAUGCUGAUGAUGGCUCCUCCAACGACGCUUCCGAAGGAUGAUCUCCCCGGUGCUCAAAUGGUUCCAUGUGCUGUUGUUAACCACAAAGAAAUCACAAAGACUUCCUCUGUUUCGGUCGACGAUGGUUAUACUGACGAUGAUAAUAGUGAGUACGACGAUUGGAGUUAUGAUUCAGGCGCUGACAAUGAUGGCAUGCUACUGGAUGAAAAUGACACCCACGCCACGCCUGCAGUCUACGCGCAGCAGCAGCCUCCCACUGCCACUGCCUAUGAAAUAUUGACCAAUCCAUCGGUGGAAAUUCACGACAUUCUCGCUGUUAUGCGGGCACUACCCAUGGAUCCCCACCUCCAAUGCCUCGCCUUGGAGAAAUUAUGGGUGCUUUGCUAUGAAGAUGCCGAUGCGGAAGAAUUGGUCCAUCUGCAAGGGAUUCAACUGGUACUGGAGGCCAUGUCUCGAUUUCCUCGCUACGAACGAUUGCAGCAAUGCGCCUGCGAAACGCUUCAAAAUGUUGCUGCCCUUGAACCACUUCCGGGCGGAACGGUCCAACAAGAAAUUUGUCAACGGGGCGGUGUCGGGCUCAUGGUACAAGCCAUGCGGCAUCAUGCCAGUUUGCAACUCUGUGUUUGCACGACAUUGAUCAGCUUGGCAAUGGACCAGCCCGAAAAUCAUGCCAUUAUCCGCGAAGAGGGAGCUGUGGAUGCCAUGGUUCAAGCACUCCAACAUCCAAACGCUGCAUGGGGUGCGCGGCAAGCAUUGGAGGCUCUGGGGGUAGAUGGGACUCAUCCUGCAGAUACCAUGAGAUAAUGUCAUUAUAUAGUGCAUGUAUUAUUAUAU